AUGGCCAAGAAAUUAUCCCCUACAGCCUUCACAAAAGCCGUAAUGCGGUCGUUCAUGGCCGACUCAGGCCUAGAACCGAGCAACCCCCCCGCCAAACCUAACAAAGUCCAGCUGCGCAUUGUAAGCGCGCAACCCGGCCGCGUCGACUUCGAGCUUGACAUCCACAAAGACCACACAAACCGUCUUAGCACUCUCCACGGCGGCACGCUCGCCAGCCUAGUCGACCUCGGGGGCUCGCUGGCCGUCGCCUCCACGGGCCGCUUUGCGACCGGCGUCUCGACAGACUUGAACGUCACGUACCUUGCGCCUGGUGGGAAACCGGGCGACCUCCUCAGGGGCACGGCCACCUGCGACAAGAUUGGCAAGACGCUCGCGUUUACGACGGUCACAUUCACCAACGGCAAGGGCCAAUUAGCUGCCAGGGGCAGCCAUACAAAGUACGUCGCUGGCACCAUGGGCCCAGACGGCCCGUACGUUGCACCGCCCGAGUUUUCCGAAGAUGUAGACUAG